GCGGCCCGAAAGCCGCGCGGAGCUGCGUGUCCCCAAAGGGAUUUGAAGCCGAGCCAAGCGGCGAUGGAAAUGUCAUUGUCACGGCACAGGGGCCCGGCAAAGUAAACGCUGCGUUGGAGGGAAGGGAGCAGGACGCUGCUGCACCGAGCUCCGCUCCGCAGCCAGAGAGCGGGACAGCCCCAAAAAGGCAGCGCAGCCCUGGUCGGUGGGGGCAGCAAGAGGACCGUGGGGUUCAUCCACGCUCCCACGGGCCACAAGGGCCACGAGACAGUACCUGGGGACGGGGAGCCGUCCCACCGCCCACCUGGGGUUCGGGACGUUGGCCUUUCAACCGGACUCCGGUGCCCAUCCGAGCCCGAUGAGGAGCCGGGGCAGCGCGUGAACCUAUGCAGACCAGGAAGAAAUACAUUUUCCUGACUUUACUUGCCUCUUGGCUCCUGCUUUUCUUCUUUGGAGGAGACCAGCUGCGCCGUUUUGCUUUCUUUUCUGGGAGGAAAGCCGAAGUCCGGAGGAACUGGCCCCGCUGGACGGAUCAGUCCCUCCUCAAAAGCUUUGCAGACCCCGAGGAGCUCGAGAAUGAUGGGGACCCCUUGCUGCCAUCACCCCGGGCACAGCAGGCGGCACGGCUGAGCGUCUACAAGAACAGCAGAUGCCGGAUGGAAACCUGCUUUGACUUCUCCAGGUGCGAGAAGCACGGCUUCAAAGUCUUCACGUACCCCCGGGAGAGGGACCAGCCCCUCUCAGAGAGUUAUGGCAAAAUCCUCACCUCCAUCGAGCGUUCUCGCUACUACACCCCGAACCCUGAGGAAGCCUGCCUCUUCAUCCUCAGCAUCGACACGCUGGACCGCGACCAUCUCUCGCGUCAAUACGUCCGUAACGUCGAUGAGAAAAUCCGCAGCUUCCCGCUCUGGAAUGGUGGCCGUAACCACCUCAUCUUCAACCUCUACUCGGGCACCUGGCCCAAUUACACCGAGGACCUGGGCUUUGACAUUGGCCAGGCCAUCCUGGCCAAAGCCAGCUUCUACACCGAGAGCUUCAGGCCCGGCUUUGACAUCUCCAUCCCUCUCUUCUCCAAGGACCACCCGCAGCGGGGCGGGGAGAGGGGGUGGUUGUAUCAGGACUCGAUCCACCCGAAAAAAAAAUACUUGUUGGUGUUCAAGGGGAAGCGGUACCUGACCGGCAUCGGCUCCGGCACCAGGAACGCGCUGCACCACAUCCACAACGGGAAGGACAUCAUCUCGCUCACCACCUGCAAGCACGGCAAGGACUGGGAGAAGCACAAGGACACGCGCUGCGACAAGGAUAACGUCGACUAUGAAAAGUUCGACUACCAGGAGCUGCUGCACAACUCCACCUUCUGCAUCGUGCCGCGGGGCAGGCGCUUGGGCUCCUUCCGCUUCCUGGAGGCACUGCAGAUCCCCUCCGCCGUCCGCUGCAUCCACUGGGAGCGUGUGCUGGCUUUCCAGCAGCAGACCCAGUUCCUGUGGGACGCGUACUUCUCCUCCGUCGACAAGAUCGUGCACACCACACUGGAGAUCAUUAAGGCCCGGCUGCUGCCACACCGCUCCCGAUCCCGUUUCUUCUGGAACACACUGCCCGGGGGGCUCCUGGCCCUACCCGACUUCUCCACCUACCUCGGGGACUUUCCCUUCUACUACCUGCAGCACGGCUCCAGCCCCUCCAAGAAGUUCACAGCUUUCAUCCGGGUCGUCUCGCCAUCCGGCUCCCUCUCCCAGUCCAUCCUCAGGCUCAUCCAGGCUGUCUCUGGAUCCCAGUACUGCGCCCAGAUCCUGGUGCUGUGGAGCUGUGAGAAGCCACCGCCGCCGAGUGGGAAAUGGCCCCAGACCACCGUGCCUCUGACCAUCAUCCAGGGCAGGAGGAAGCUCAGCGACCGCUUCUUCCCCUACGUGGCCAUCCAGACGGACGCUGUGCUGAGCCUGGACGAGCACACCAGCCUCUCGACCAGCGAGGUGGACUUUGCCUUUGUGGUGUGGCGCAGCUUCCCCGAGCGCAUUGUGGGCUUCCCCACGCAGAGCCACUUCUGGGACACCGAGCAGAGGCGCUGGGGCUACACCUCCAAAUGGACCAACGAGCUCUCCAUCGUCCUCACCGCCGCCCAGCAGGACGGCCUCAACCAGUUGGUGGACUGGUUCGGCUACAUGCCCCUCGUGUCCUCCCAGCUGCGCCUCGACCCCGUCCUCUUCAAGGACCAGGUCUCUGUCCUGCGCAAGAAAUACCCACGCUUGGAGAAACCCUGA